AUGCUGAUGCCUUUUACUAUUGAUGAAUGGAAAAAAUCGAAAAUAAUUUCUCUGCUUAUGCUUGGAAAUCAUCAUGUGAAUAAGUGGACGGAGGGAAGGAGGGAAGGAAAGAAACGAGAAACGAUGUGGGAUGUUGAGGGAGAAUUUCGAUGUGGAAUGAAGGAUACUUUUCCUGCCAUCAUCCUUCUUACAACUACCGAACGAAUGAACAAGCGAACAAACGAACAUGCCCGGGCAAUAACAAUGGACAAAAUGGAUAAGGAAAAGUGGCCUAAAGCUUUGUGUGUGUAUGUGAAAAAGGGAUUCGGGGUGUUAACACUGCUUAGGUAUGGAAUUUCAGUAACUAACCCUUUACUUUCUACAUUUCAGAAGCAGUUACAACCAUUGACCAGGGAUUAA